AAUUUGACAUUUGUCAAAUUUCCUGUCAAGAAACUUAACCUCAUUUUACAUCAUAAUUAUAAUUUCAUUUAAAAACAUGUUAAAACCGAAAGCGUUAACGCAAGUUUUAAGUCAAGCGAAUACCGGUGGGAUUGAAAAUACUUUGUUAUUAAAUCCGGAAGGUGCUCUUUUGGCUUAUAGCGGUUACGGCGAUAAAGACGCUCGCGUCACCGCCGCUAUAGCUAGCAACAUUUGGAGGGCUUACGAUAGAAAUUGUCAAAAUGUAUUUCGAGAUGAUCACCCCCAAAUGAUUUUGAUGGAAUGUAUGGAAGGUAAAAUCGCAAUAACACAAGUGGGGAACGUCUUGUUGUGUUUAUACGCGAAAAGUAACGUUGGAUUUGGGAUAUUGAAGCAAAAAGCGAACGCUUUGGCUUUGUAUUUGGAGGGACCGUUAAAACAAGUCGCCACAUCUUAAAUGUUUUAUUUCAAGUUAAUAAUUUAAGUGUAAUUCUCUAUUUUAAGGGGUAAGAAAUUUAUUUAAAUAUUGUUGAUUUGUAUUGAAUCUUUAUGUAUUUAAUAACAUAAUUAACAUUAAAAAAGAACCUUAUUAAAAAGACAUGUGUCGCCAUCUAUUGAUUUUAAUCGCAGUUUGAAAUCGUAAUGAAUCAAUUUUAUUAAUUUAUUUGGUGAAUUAACGAUAAUUAGUUCAUUAACAAUUAAAACAAAGUAUUUAAAUGAAUUUGAUAUAUUUAGAAGUAAUUUCAAAUCAUAAGAUUUAAUUCAUCCAGAAUAGUUUGAAGCUAAUUUCACGUUAUUUACAGUUAGUGAUUGACAUUUUCAAAUUUGUUUAAAAAAAUCUUUUAAUUUUAAUUAUAAACAUUUCGAGAAUCAAAUUUCUAUAUCGCAUUAAAUGAGAGUUAAUCACAAUAAGUUUUUUCUGCAUAAAGUUGGAAAAAAAGUGUUUCAUUUUCGGAAAACAUAACCUCAAACAUUUCGAAUUAAUGGGAUAUUAACGGUGAGUGUUAAAUUAAGAGACAUUUUUUUAAACAUUGUUAAUAUUUGGGUUAUUAUUGAAUCUAUGCGUUUAAUAACAAAGUUAAGAUUAAAAAAAGAAUGUGUCGCCAUCUAUCUAUUUUAAUCUCAGUUUGAAAUCGGUAAUGAAGUAAUGCCACAUCUUAAAUGCUAAUAAUUUAAGUGUAAUUCUUUAUUUUAUGGAGUAAAAUGUUAAUAAAAAGUAUUGAGGUGA